AUGCGACAAUUAAAUAAAUUUACAUUUAACAUUUGCUCAACUGUUAGUCUUCAUAAUCAAAUUAAUUUACUGUCGAAUGAAGAUAUUAAAUAUAUAUUCAAUGAGUUUCAAAAAAAUAAACAAAUUAUUUCUUGUGUUGAUUAUUUUUCUGAGAUUGAACGAGAUGAAUGUUAUAUUUAUUCUUGUCCAUAUGAACCGAAAGAGUAUCACAAAAUAACAAAUAAUUUUCCAGGUGGAAUAUUUAAAUAUGUUCGUGAAAUAUCGUUAUUUGAUGAACAACCUUUUGAACAUAAAUUUCUUUUUCAAAUCUCUCAAUCAUUUCCAUUUAUGAAAAAAUUAACUUUAAUUAAUGAAAAACCAUCUAGAAAAUUACAUGAUAACAAUGAACAUUUAUCCAUCAUUGAGUAUCCACAUCUAUCUCAACUUGAUCUUAGUGAAGCUCAGGAUGACUAUAUCGAACAAUUUCUUGUUGAUACGAAAACCUGUUUAUCAAAUAGUUUCUAUAUUUGCUGUCAAUUAUCAAGUACUGAAAAGAGUGACACAACAUUAUACAGGAAAUACAACACGAAUAAACUGUUCAAAGGUACGUUCGUUAUGUUUAAUUGGUAA